ACAGGGCGAAAGUCGGCCACUUCCUGGAGACCACAGGUGUAAGAGCCAGCGCUGUGCCCCAAGCCGGACGGGCUCCUGAAGCUGGCAGGGAAAUUCUUUCAUUCCCAAGACUUCAGGGGAUUUUGGCUUUUCAGGAGACAGCUGGGGAACAAGCUCAAUCAGGGCUAAUGAGGAGACUGAGUUGGACUCCUGCCUGAUCCCUCACUGUGGUAGGAUGAAUGUGGGGGUGGCACACAGCGAAGUAAACCCCAACACUCGAGUGAUGAACAGUCGGGGCAUCUGGCUGGCCUACAUCAUCUUGGUAGGACUGCUGCAUGUGGUUCUCCUCAGCAUCCCUUUCUUCAGCAUUCCUGUUGUCUGGACCCUGACCAACGUCAUCCAUAACUUGGCAAUGUAUAUCUUCCUACAUACAGUCAAAGGGACGCCCUUUGAGACCCCUGACCAAGGAAAGGCUCGGCUUUUGACACAUUGGGAGCAGAUGGACUAUGGACUACAGUUUACCUCCUCGCGAAAGUUCCUCAGCAUCUCUCCUAUUGUACUUUACCUCCUGGCCAGCUUCUACACCAAGUACGAUGCUGCUCACUUCCUCAUCAACACUGCCUCGCUGCUCAGCGUGCUGCUGCCUAAGCUACCCCAGUUCCAUGGGGUUCGUCUCUUUGGAAUCAACAAAUACUAAAAGAUGGUUUGCUAGUUCUGCAGGCAUUGAGGGAAGGCACUGGAACUAAUAUAUAAUGUUUUCCCUUCUCCACACUAUCUUCUGUAUCUUGGAAGCCUGAGAGAUAAGAUAAACCUAUCUAAACUCCAAGAAGGAAGAAACUGGAAAAUGGGGUUCCUGGGUCCAGUCUUCAUAGGGUCAAGAUUCUCUGAAUCAGGAAAGGUGGAUGAGGUUAAGGGCACUACCACUCACUCUCCUCUAUCUAGCAAGAAGCCAUCAUUGUUUGGGCAGCUUUUCUGGUGAUUAUGUUUUUCCAUAUCUUCUAAACCUACCAACUUCAAGUUCUGUUUUGCUGUAUAUUUUUCUUAAAAUAAAGUCUUUCAGUUAUGGCUGAAAUUUGAUAAGCAAGGACAGAGAGAUUUUCUCAUAAUGCUGGGGAGAAAAUGCAAAAUGCUGACUUACUAUAAAAAAAACUUUUAAGCAAAAUUUUGUCUCUACUCCUUUGGUCCAAUACCUUUCACUCACAGCUAACAGCAAGGAAAGAAUUCUCAAAUAAGAAAAAAGAGCUCACAAGUGAGUAGUGGAGGCACAUGCCUAUAAUACUAGCUAGCCCUCAGGAAGUGGAGGCAGAGGCAGGAGAAUCACUGCAAUCUGGAGUCCAGCCUGGUCUACACAGUAAGACUCUUAUCUCCAAAAGAAAAUAGAAAAGGACUCCCAGCUACAUGGGUAAAGAAGAGAAGGAAGAUGUAAGUUGCCAGUUAUAUAUUUAUAGAAAGAUAAUCUCCUGGCUUUAAAUAGAUAUGUACAUACAAAUAUGAACAAACUUAAAAAAAUACAAACCCUUGGCUAACAAGGGGGCCUCUGGGAACCCCUCUAUCCUUCCCCCUCACCCAAGGGCACAGGGCAUAAAUCUGCUUUUUAAAAAUUAAUUAAUUUUGGCCAUCCUUGCAACAACAAGCCUGAAGUUAGGUGUCUUACCAAUAAAGUGAAAGUCAGAGG